UGGGAAUUUGUAACACCCCUGCAACGUUUCAGCGGGCCAUGAAUAUGGCCUUCGCUGAGUUCGUUAACAAAACCCGACUAACCCAGCCCCUGAUCAAUUUCUGCGUGAUAGUGUACAUGGAUGAUAUUUUGGUCUUUUCAAAAACACACGAGUACCACGUGGAACACAUUGAGUGGGUUUUGCAUGCACUGAAACAUUCAGGGUUCGAAGUGGCCUUGGAGAAAAGCGAGUUCUUCUUGUCGGAGAUCUCAUUCUUGGGGUAUAUCAUCACAGUCGACGGACUAAAACCGGAUCCGAGGAAGGCGGCAGCAGUUCAAGAUGCCCCGGCGCCGGUCACACUCACCCAGGUUCGGGCUUUUCUAGGGCUGGCAUCUUAUUACCGACGCUUCAUCCAGGGGUUCGCCGGCAUAGCGAAGCCCCUCACGAACCUGCUGAAGAAAGAGGAACAACUGAUCUGGACGCCGGAAUGCGAAGCGGCGUUUCAGGCGUUGAAGGAGGCUCUGACAUCUGCUCCUGUAUUGGCACGCCCCGACCCGACAAGACAGUUCGCACUGUACACAGACUGGCAACCUCAAGCGAUAUCGGCGGUGCUGACUCAGCACGGCAAGGACGGAAGGGAGCACGUCGUUGAGUAUGUGUCCAAGACGCUGAGCCAGGCGCAGGCUAAUUACGAAGCGUGCAAAGGUGAAUGCCUGGCGGUGGUGUGGGGGAUUCAGCACUUCCGACCGUAUCUGUACGGCCAGAAAUUCGUGCUGGUAACAGAUCAUCAGUCGCUGCUGUCCCUACGAAACAACACGGACUACGCGGGGACGCUCAUCUACGAGACCGGGCAGCGUCCAAAUGCAAUGUACCACUUCCUGGUCUUCGAGGCGCAGAAGCGGGAGCGGCGGCCUUACACCGAGACUCAUGUGGUGAUGACGGGUCCAGGGCCCCGAUCAGUGCGCAAGCGGGUGGUGCGAGCGGUAGCGGAUCUGGUGCCACGUGUCCUCUCACAUGUGCCGGGGGCUUUCCUUUACCCCUCAUUCGUCCAACAUCACUUCCAUGAGGAAGAUGCGCCGACGACUCCUGUGGCAAUGGCCGCUUUUCUUCCACCUAUUCCGCCCCCUCUCAAUCCCGACAUAGAUCACUUCCUCUGAUCACCCUCGUCUACCUUUCCCCUGUCCUCUCCUUCUCCUUAUCCUCUUUUUCUUCUUCUUUUCCGGAUCUAAAAGCUCGCGCG